CGGCCGAGGAGCGGCGUCCGCACGCGCCCGGCGCCCGAGAACUUGCCGGACCCGGCCGGAGGCGGAGGGCGGUGCGCGCCAAGUCGCAGGGCUGCGCGGGCACCGGUUCGGAGCGCGGCGAGCGGGCGCGUCCCGAGGAGCACUGGAGAUGUCCUGGCCGUGUCGCCUCCUGUUCAGAUACCUGUUCCCGGCCCUCCUGCUGCACGGGCUGGGAGAGGGUUCUGCCCUCCUUCAUCCAGACAGCAGGUCCCAUCCUAGAUCCUUGGAGAAGAGCGCCUGGAGGGCUUUCAAGGAAUCGCAGUGCCAUCACAUGCUGAAGCACCUGCACAAUGGCGCGCGCAUCACUGUGCAGAUGCCACCCACCAUCGAGGGCCACUGGGUCUCCACGGGCUGCGAAGUCAGGUCGGGGCCAGAGUUCAUCACCCGGUCUUACAGAUUCUACCACAACAACACCUUCCAGGCCUACCAGUUUUAUUAUGGCAGCAACCGGUGCACAAACCCCACCUAUACCCUCAUCAUCCGAGGCAAGAUCCGCCUCCGCCAGGCCUCCUGGAUCAUCCGCGGCGGCACGGAAGCCGACUACCAGCUGCACAGCGUGCAGGUCAUCUGCCACUCGGAGGCGGUCGCCGAGCAGCUCAGCCAGCGCGUGAACCGCACAUGCCCGGGCUUCCUGGCCUCGGGGACCCCCUGGGUGCAGGAUGUGGCCUACGACCUGUGGCGGGAGGAGAAUGGCUGCGAGUGCACCAAAGCCGUGAACUUCGCCAUGCACGAGCUGCAGCUGGUCCGGGUGGAGAAGCAGUACCUGCACCACAACCUGGACCACCUGGUGGAGGAGCUCUUCCUCGGCGACAUCCACACUGAUGCCGCCCAGCGGAUGUUCUACCGGCCAUCCAGUUACCAGCCUCCGCUGCAGAAUGCGAAGAACCACGACCACGCCUGCAUAGCCUGUCGCAUCAUCUUCCGCUCCGACGAGCACCGCCCUCCCAUCCUGCCCCCGAAGGCCGACCUGACCAUCGGCCUGCACGGGGAGUGGGUGAGCCAGCGCUGCGAGGUGCGCCCCGAGGUCCUCUUCCUCACCCGCCACUUCAUCUUCCAUGACAACAACAACACCUGGGAGGGCCACUACUACCACUACUCGGACCCCGUCUGCAAGCACCCCACCUUCACCAUCUACGCCCGGGGCCGCUACAGCCGCGGAGUGCUCUCCUCCAGGGUCAUGGGAGGCACCGAGUUUGUGUUCAAAGUGAAUCACAUGAAGGUCACCCCCAUGGACGCGGCCACAGCCUCGCUCCUCAACGUCUUCAACGGAAACGAGUGUGGGGCUGAGGGCUCCUGGCAGGUGGGCAUCCAGCAGGACGUGACGCACACCAACGGCUGCGUGGCCCUGGGCAUCAAACUACCUCACACGGAAUACGAGAUCUUCAAAAUGGAGCAGGACGCCCGGGGCCGUUACCUGCUCUUCAACGGCCAGAGGCCCAGCGACGGUUCCAGCCCAGACAGGCCCGAGAAGAGGGCCACAUCUUACCAGAUGCCCUUGGUCCAGUGUGCCUCGUCCUUGCCCAGAGCCGAAGAUUUAGCAGAGGACAGCCGAGGCCACCGGUACGGCGGGGCGCCUGGGAGGAACGCCCGGCCCCUGCUGCAGGCUGCCCUCGCCUGCCUCUGGGCUCUGCUGCUUCCCAGCAUCCUCAGAUAGAAGUCUGGAGAAAGGUCUCUUCUUCCAAACGCGGAUUCCUUACAACUUGCAGACUUUCUUCCCGAGACACAGGACGUUGAUUGUUUUGAUGCACUUGAAUGCUGGAGAACUGUCAGUCCCCUCCCCCGCCCCGGCCCUCCCUCCCAGCCCCCGAGUCAUGAGCAGCGUGUUUGAAGUUUCGGCUUUGAACUCCAUCCAGCCUGAUCCCUGGCCUGAGCGGCUUCACCACAGUAAUUGCACUUUAAGACUGCAGAGUUUCGGGCUUGUGUGUUUGGUAGAGGGGAGCAGAAGGGCGAGCGCUGGGGCCUCUGCUUUUGUUUCUGGUUUCUCUUAAUUAUUAUUAUAUUUCUGAGUUGAACUUAGAAGAAAUAAAUCUCCAGCUCUGACCCUUUCUGCCGUUGUACCCUGGUCGCUUCCUGUCCUGCCUGGAAACUGUCUCACUCUCCGAGUUUUAUGUGCUGGAAUGCGAUGCAGCAGCGUCGGUUUGGGGCUGUGAUCACGACCCCUUGUGUUCAUAAAGAGGCGUAGAUGUAGGUAUGUACAUAGACAAAGACCAGGGGGUAGCUCCACCAGCCUCACAGCCCUCAUGCAAAACAGGAGGCAGUCAGAACUUUGAUUUGAGUGAGGAAGCAUCCCUAAUUAACGGUUCAAAGAAUUUAUACUGUGUUUAUGUCAGUUGCUUUCGCUCGCUGGGAGACGAGGCACUGGUUGUACGCAUGUUGCUUCUGGUAGUUGCAGAAUGCAAGCUGCUCCCUUACCUCUCAGCACAGACGAGAGCAGGGGGGAAGCAGCAGAAGCCACUGCCAGACAGACCGGAGCGGCUCUGCCUGGGCUCUGCCGUGUGUCUGAUGCCACGUGAGGGAGAGAGGAAGCCCCCAGUCACUGCAGUCUCCUCUUCAUGGGGGACCCGAGUCCUGGCUCACACUCCAGCACCUCUGCCUCCUCCAACGACACACAAGGCGACAGAGCCUGGGUGCUUCAGUGGCUGGCUGUUCUCAGAGGGUGCGGCAGGUGCAUCGUGCUCACUUCAGCGGAUACCAGCUCCGUGUGCAGAGUCAUCGCAUCGUUGGACAGGCCAGCCUCCCUCGCUGUCCUCCGUGUCACUGACUUGGCUCUGCCCCUGCAGCAGGCUUCAGGACCGCCGUGUACAACGUCGGCAUCUCAGGAGGCCUCAGAGGAGGCAGGAGUUCUGAAUGUUCCUUCCUUUGGAUGAUUUUGAAUGGUGCUGUCUACACACCCAAGGUCAUUUCUGAUAGCAACAGGAGCAAGUGGAGAGUACGUGAAAGCCUCGAGGUAACUAAAAGCAAACGUGGAAACUGGCACCCAGGCUCCGGGCGUCCCUGUAUUUAAGAAUUCACUUUACGAAAUGCUGUAGCCUUCAGUGUGAUGUUAAAGUUGUAACGAUGGCAUGGAUUACCAAAGUGCUUUAUCUCUAGAUUAUAUUUUAAGUGAUGGUGCAAACCGAGGGGUUUAUUCAAAAUGAAAAUACUAACUUAAUGUCUGCCAAGUUUAAUAAACAAAGAUUUUGAAAAUA